AUUUUACAUCCUAUCUACUGUACAAAACUAUAUCGAUAAAUAAAAUAAACUGGAAAAUGACACUGUUUUUAAUGUCAGCUCAGCAGAUUCGCCGCGAAACUAUCCGUCAAUACGAGUUAGUUAACACAAUAAAAAAAAACAGCAGGGUAGUUUAGAAUAUAAAAUAUGCAUAUAUUAAAAUAGCAUGUAUGAAUACGCUAUUCGCAUGUUUUAUUAAAUAUAUUAUAUAUACAUGAGGAAAGUGCGAAUCGUGUUCGGUGUUUAAAAUCGCACGAAACAGAUUCGUCACUUUGGCAAAAAACCGCCGGGACUAAAAUAAAUAAAUAAAUAAAAUUAAAUUAAAUAUUAUCUUUAAAAAAACAAACAAGCCCAGUAUGUUUUAUUUUGACUUUGUACGGUUAAUGCCGUGCUGCUUUGUUGAUUUUGAAAGGUAGAAACGGUUAUUCUCGAAAGUGCUGGCUCGCUUCUUCGUUGCAUGCUGCAGCUCCGCUUUUGUUCAUCCCAGAAACGCUUUCAAUGAAAAUCAAGCACAUUUUAAAAUUACUUUAUUAUUUAUUUAAAAAGAAACCACGGGAGUAUAGGCGGGCCCCAGACGUCACAUUUCCAGAUUCAAGGUUAACAGUUUUCUAGAAUUGAAUAAAAAGCGACGCAGAAACAGCGGGGGUCUGUCCUGCUGUGUUAGUGAUCUGCACAUCUCUCUCAACUGAACUGAAUAUUCAUCCACAGAGUUACCUGCCAAGUAACCUGCAGUUCUUACUUGAAGUUACCAAACAAACUUCGUGUGUUAUUAUUUUUUGGGCGGAGGGGAGGGUCGAAGUGGAAAAACACGACAUGAUGAGAAGUUGACGGGUUUUACUGCCUUCUUUGACCACCCCUGUUUUUUGUUUCACUUCACACUGAUAAAAUAAAUUGUAGACUCAUUUUUUGGAGGGGAGUUCUAGUUAAAAAACGGUACUUGAGAUAGCAAAAAAAAAAAAGUUCUGACGUGACUAAGGGGAAAGAAGAGAGAGGGGAGAUGACUCGUUUGUUGAACUUGAAGCUGAUGUAACCCGCUGCAGCCACAGUCGUCGCCGCCGUUGCAGCAAUGGGUCUGGACUUCGACGUGAAGACGUUCUGCCACAACCUGCGGGCCACGAAGCCCCCGUACGAGUGCCCGGUGGAGACCUGCCGCAAGAUCUACAAGAGCUACAGCGGCAUUGAGUACCACCUGUACCACUACGACCACGACAACCCCCCUCCUGCCCAGGGCACCCCGCUGCGCAAGCCCAAGAAGAAGGGGCGCCAGUCCCGCGGGGGGGCAGGAGGAGGAGGAGGGGGCUCCACGCCCGGGGGGGGGGACCAGCCCAGCCCAGCCCACUCAGAACUCUCCCAGUCCCCCAGCAGAGAGACCAUGACCUACGCACAGGCGCAGAGGCUGGUGGAGGUAGACAUCCAGGGCAAGGUGCACAGGAUCAGCAUCUUCGAGAACCUGGACGUCGUUUCGGAAGAGGAAGGAGAGUCCGAGGAGCCCUCCGGGGGGCAGGGGGGCGUGGGGGGAGGGGGUGGGGGGGAUUCAGCAGGUGCAAAAGACAGGCCCGACACCCCUGCGGCCAAUUCGGGCAACUCGGGAGCCAGCGGGGGCAAAGGCACCAACACCACCCCCAAACCGGGCAAGCACAAGAGCAAGGAGAAGAAGAAGGAGGCCUCGGGGCACCAUCACCACCACUACCACAGUGCCUCCUCUGGACCGGCGGUCAAACUGCCUGAGGUGGUGUACAGGGAGCUGGAGCAGGACACACAGGACGCACCCCCAAGACCUGCCUCCUACUACAGGUACAUUGACAAGUCUGUGAAGGAGCUGGACGAGGAGGUGGAGUACGACAUGGACGAGGAAGAUUACAUCUGGCUGGACAUCAUGAACGACAAGCGGCACGCUGAGGGGGUGCUGUCCAUCCCCCAGGAGGUCUUCGAGUACCUCAUGGACCGGCUGGAGAAGGAGUCCUACUUCGAGAGCCACAACAAGGCGGACCCCAGCGCCCUCAUCGACGAGGACGCCGUGUGCUGCAUCUGCAACGACGGCGAGUGCCAGAACAGCAACGUCAUCCUGUUCUGCGACAUGUGCAACCUGGCCGUGCACCAAGAGUGCUACGGGGUGCCCUACAUCCCCGAGGGCCAGUGGCUGUGCCGGCGGUGCCUGCAGUCCCCGUCCCGCGCGGUGGACUGCGCGCUCUGCCCCAACAAGGGCGGCGCCUUCAAGCAGACGGACGACAGCGGCUGGGCGCACGUGGUGUGCGCGCUGUGGAUCCCGGAGGUCUGCUUCGCCAACACGGUGUUCCUGGAGCCCAUCGACAGCAUCGAGCACAUCCCCCCCGCGCGCUGGAAGCUGACCUGUUACAUCUGCAAGCAGCGCGGCUCCGGAGCCUGCAUCCAGUGCCACAAAGCCAACUGCUACACGGCUUUCCAUGUGACCUGCGCACAGCAGGCAGGGCUCUACAUGAAGAUGGAGCCCGUGAGGGAGACGGGGGCCAACGGCACGUCGUUCAGCGUGAGGAAGACUGCGUACUGCGACAUCCACACCCCGCCCGGCUCGGCGCGCCACCCCGCCUCGGCCCCCACCUCGGCCGGGGCGCUGUCCCUCAGCGAGGGGGACCCCGAGGACGAGGAGGAGCCCCACGAGGAGGAGGGCAAGGGGUGGAGCUCGGAGAAGGUGAAGAAGGCCAAGGCCAAGUCACGCAUCAAGAUGAAGAAGGCGCGCAAGAUCCUGGCGGAGAAGAGAGCGGCCGCGCCCGUGGUGUCCGUGCCGUGCAUCCCCCCGCACAGGCUCAGUAAGAUCACAAGCCAGCUGACCCUGCCGCGGAAGAGCCAGUUCAUGCAGCGGCUGCACAGCUACUGGACUCUGAAGAGACAGUCUCGCAACGGCGUGCCGCUCCUGCGCCGGCUGCAGACGCACCUGCAGUCCCAGCGCCACCCCGAGCAGGACAGCGAUGAGAAGGACAGCUCCUUGGAGAGUAGAGUGGUUUUUCCUAGGGAGGGUGACGAGAAGCAGAGCGACCUGAAAGAGCAGCUCAAGUCCUGGCAGAGACUGCGGCACGACCUGGAGAGAGCCAGACUGCUGGUGGAGCUGAUCCGCAAGAGAGAGAAAAUCAAACGAGAGUCGAUCAAGGUGCAGCAGCUUGCCAUGGAGGUGCAGCUGACUCCCUUCCUGAUCCUGCUCAGGAACACUCUGGAGCAGCUGCAGGACAAGGACACCAGCAACUUCUUCACUGACCCUGUGCCGCUGGCAGAGGUGCCAGACUAUCUGGACCACAUCAAGAAGCCGAUGGACUUCCAGACGAUGUUGGUCAGCCUGGAGGCUCACGAGUACCGCAGCUUCGAGCAGUUCGAGGAGGACUUUGGGCUCAUUGUCAACAACUGCCUCAAGUACAAUGCCAAGGACACGGUGUUCUACCGGGCCGCGGUGAGGCUCCGUGAGCAGGGGGGCGCACUGCUGAGGCAGGCCAGGAGGCAGGCAGACAAGAUCGGCAUCGACUUCGAGACGGGGCUGCACCUGCCCAAACCCCCCGCCGCAGAGGGGCAGCGCGGCCAGCUGGGCCUGGAGGAUGCAGACCUGCUGCUCCCAGAGAACCGCAGGCGGCUGCCCCUGUGCGAGCAGCUCAAGGUCCUGCAGGAGAAGCUGGACGAGGUGAGCGCUGGGAAGCACAGCAUCGGCCGCUCGCGGCGCGCCAAGGCUCUGAAGAAGGAGAUGACGGUGAUCAAGCGCAAGCUGGCACACCAGAGAGAAGGGGGUGGGAUGGGGGGCCGGGAGGGGGGCGACCGCGGGCAAGGGGUCGCCCCCCCCUCAUCGCACCACCACCACCGUCAUCACCACAACCCCCUCCCUGGCAACGGCACCACCGGAACUGGCACGGGCAGCAGCAGCAAGGAGCUCCGUCGGCUCUCUGACCAGGAGGGGGAGGAGAGCAGCAGCCAUGAGAUGGGGGGAGCAGGGGGGUCCUCCUCUUCCUCCGCUCUGGCCCCAGAAGUGGGGCGUCGCACCUCGGUCCUCUUCUCUAAGAAGAAUCCCAAGACCGCGGGGCCCCCAAAGAGGCCAGGGAGGCCCCCGAAGAACCGGGACAGCCAGGGUGCCCCCGGCUGCCGCCCUAGCCCCAUCGGGCCCCCCCGGCUGCCCCUGCUCUCCGGCCCCCGCCAGAGGAAGAGGGUGCGAAGCCCCCGGAGCAGCUCAAGCUCGGACAGUGAGAGUCAGGAGAGCAGCGAGGACCUCCACCUGGGUCUCCCCUCCAAUGGGUUUGACGGGGGCAGUCAGCCAGUGACGGAGAGUUUCCGCGUGUAUCGAAACGAACGCAGCCUCCCACGCAGCUCCUCCGACUCGGAGUCGAGCACCAGCACCAGCAGCAGCGCCGCCUCCGACCGUACCAGCACCACUCCCUCCAAGCAGGGUCGCGGCAAGCCCUCGUUCUCCCGGGUGAACUUCCCAGAGGACAGCAGCGAGGAGACGUCGGGGACGGAGAACGAGUCCUACUCCGCGGGAGGGGGGCGCGGAGUCUCUCUCGGCAUGGUCCGUUCGGGUCGCGGACGGUCCUGUUGGAUGUCUCCCGAUGAGUACAGCCCGCUUCACUCUCUGGACCUGGUGUGGGCAAAGUGCCGGGGCUACCCCUCCUACCCCGCACUGAUCAUUGAUCCGAAGAUGCCUCGGGAGGGGAUGUUCCAUCAUGGCGUCCCGAUCCCGGUGCCCCCCCUCGACGUGCUCAAACUGGGGGAGCAGAUGAGCCAGGAGUCCCGAGAGCACCUCUACCUCGUGCUGUUCUUCGACAACAAGAGGACCUGGCAGUGGCUGCCGCGCACCAAGCUGGUUCCCCUGGGGGUUGACCAGGAGCUGGACAAGCUGAAGAUGCUGGAGGGGAGGAAGAGCAACAUCCGGAAAUCUGUGCAGGUGGCUUACCACCGAGCCAUGCAGCACCACAACAAAGUGCAGGGAGAGCAGAGCAGCGACUCGAGCGACACGGACUAGGGGAGGGGAGCCUGCACACAUGGACGAGGGGAGGCGAGGGGAGCCUGCACACACGGGCGAGGGGAGGCGA